AUGAUUCAGCUCAAGUCCCUCGUCAAUUGCAUCGACAACUCUGGCGCCGCCAUUGUCGAGUGCGUCAAUGUUUUGCGAUCCAAACGGCCUGCAAAAGUGGGUGAUCGCAUCGUAGUCGUCGUCAAGAAGCAACGAAAUUUCGGCCCAGAGACUGGCAACAGCGUCUCCAUCAGCGCAGCGAACAAGGUGCGGCGAGGAGAUGUGCGACAUGCCGUCGUAGUGCGCACGGCGAAGAAGUGGCAGCGACCAGAUGGAAGCGUGGUCAAGUUUGAUGACAACGCCUGCGUCCUCAUCAACAAGGCCGGCGAGCCCAUCGGCUCAAGAGUUAGUGGCGUGGUGGCAGCAGAGCUGAGGCAAAAGCAAUGGUCAAAGAUCUUGUCACUGGCGCCCAUGCACGUAUAA